AUGCCACGACAAAGCCGCUCUAGAUCAACAAGUCUCCGUAGACCAAGCUAUCGUUCACGGUCACGUUCUAGAAGCUCUACGCGUCACUCUAGACGACACACUGAAUCUUCUCACAAGUAUAAUUCAAAUUACAAAUCAAACCAUCACUCUUCCAGAACAAGAGAUGUUGAACAUAGCUCGAGAAAAUAUCAUUCAGGAGAAAGUUCUGACGAACAUUACUCUUCGUCGUCUCGUCGUAAAAGAAGUGUAUCGUUUUCUUCGUAUUCUUCUGAAGAAGAAAAGGAACGAGAAAGACGGUCAAACCGAAGUAAGAAAUCUAAAAAAGACAAAGAAAAAAGCCGGAAAAAGAAAGAAAAGAAGGCAAAAAGAGAUCAUCUGAAACAUGAAGAAGAAAAACAGUCCUUUAUCGAAAUGUCUGUCUACUCUGACGCAAAUAAUCCAUUCAACGAUAUGAAUCUCGGGCAGAAAUUCGAAUGGGUAAAGAAAAAGGAACGGGAUAAAAAAAUGGGAAUUUCCACGGAAGAGGCAAUGAAACUAGAACGGGAUCGUAAGGAAGAAACGAAGCUCGAGUUGGAAAAAUUAACAAAAAGAAGAGCUGAAAGGGAAAUAGAACGGCAAUUGCGUGAGGAGGAACAAGCUAGAAAGCAGCGUGAAGCUGAAGCAGUAUUAUUGGGCGACUGGGCAUCUAAAGAAGACGAAUUUCAUCUCGAACAAGCAAAUAGGAGAGCCGAAAUUCGUAUAAAAGAGAACCGUGCAAAGCCAAUUGAUAUUCUUGCAAUUAACUUACGGUUGGCGGAUGAAGGUGACGACGUGGACGACUCGCUUGAGAUUGAUGUUGAUGAGCCGUAUACUAUCUUUGAGAAUCUUAAUUUACAAGAAGUAGAAGAACUACACCAGGAUAUCCAAUUAUAUCUCAAUCUCGAGAGGAACCCCGAUAAUCUCGAUUUUUGGCGGGCAAUGAUUGUAGUUUGUGACGAUAAAUUAUCUGAACUCCGUGCAGAAGCGGAACCUUCAAAUAACACCAACAAUGUGAUCGCCCCAAUAAAAAAUGACCUUGAUAAAAUAUUUGCAGGCAAAACGUACGACCAACUGCGUGACUUACAGGUGCGGAUACAAGAGAAAUUGACGGGCGGCGAGGCUGUGGACGUAGAGUAUUGGGAGCUGCAGUUGAAGCUUUCGACGGUGUGGAAGGCUAAAGCAAAAUUAAAAGCAAUGCAUGAAAUCGUAUUACAGAAAAGAUUAGCACAAUUACGUCGAAAACAGAGACAAGAAGCCAUUAAAGUACAAGAAGAGCUAGAGACAGCACUCAAUACUCAUCCCGCUAGUGGAACUAUUGGCGCUGGUGACACUAUAGAAACGGGUGACAUUGAACUGACGAUGGAUGAGGAUUCGGAAGGGUUGAUUGAAGAGUACGAUCGAUCUAUGAGUCCGGAACCUUUGCCUGUUCUUUCUCGAGAAGAUAAAAUGCUCGAGAUUCGAGAUCCAAAUGAUGAUUUGGUGCAUUUGAGACAAAAACGAAAAGAGGUGUUAAGAAAUCAAUACAUUCCUAUGAAAGUACCGAAAAGAACAUCACCUGAAGAAGAACUUGAGGAAUCAACUGUAUCCAAAGUUUUAUACGAACGAGAAGCGGCCAAAGAUCUGGAUGAAGAUGAAGCAAUAUUCAAUAUUGAAGAAGAAUUGGCAAAGACGACAUACUUAUGGCAAGACAAAUAUCGUCCAAGAAAACCACGAUACUUCAACCGUGUGCACACCGGAUACGAAUGGAACAAAUACAACCAGACACACUACGACAGUGAUAACCCACCGCCGAAAGUGGUGCAAGGAUAUAAAUUCAAUAUCUUUUAUCCGGAUCUGAUUGACAAGACAAAAGCACCCACCUAUAAGAUUGAACGUGAGCAUGGAAAUACCGACACUGUGCUCAUUCGGUUUAUUGCAGGACCACCGUAUGAGGACAUUGCAUUCCGUAUAGUUAAUCGUGAAUGGGAAUAUUCUCACAAAAAAGGAUUCAAAUCAAGUUUUGAUCGUGGCGUUCUUCAAUUACAUUUCCAUUUCAAACGUCAUUAUUAUCGCCGCUAA